CCUUCCCCUCCAUGCCGCGGUGCUGCCCCGCUCUGUUCCUCUCCCCCCGUCCCACCGCCGCCCCCAUCCCCUCCAUCCCUUCCUCUAUCUCCUUCUCCCCGUUCCAUCCCGCCGCCGUGUCCCGCCCGCCUCUUGUGGUGCUGCUGCUCCUGCAGCGCCGCCCCGCGCCGAGCCGCGCUCCGCACAAGAUGGCGGCCGGCGGGAGCGGCCCCGGGGGUCUGUCCUCAUCCUGCCCUCAACCCCCACCGCCUCCCCCGGGGAACGGAGCGGCCUGUGCCGCCUCAGCCGCUUCCGAAGGAACCCCAGCAUCUCCAACGGGACUCACCUAUAACCAGUGCGGAGCCAACAACCCUACGGCGACGGCUGGAGGAGGAGGAGGAGGAGGCCUGGGAGUGGGGGCGGCCCCUCCGGGCGGAGGGCUGCAAAGAGAACCGGUGUAUAAUUGGCAGGCGACUAAACCGACGGUGCAGGAACGAUUCGCUUUUCUCUUCAAUAACGAGGUGCUGAGCGACGUGCAUUUCCUGGUGGGGAAAGGCCGAGGGACGCAGCGCAUCCCGGCACACAGGUUUGUGCUGGCUGUGGGCAGCGCCGUCUUCGAUGCCAUGUUCAAUGGUGGGAUGGCCACAACUUCCACAGAGAUCGAGCUGCCCGACGUGGAGCCCGCUGCCUUCCUGGCUCUGCUGAAGUUCCUUUACUCAGACGAAGUUCAGAUUGGACCAGAGACUGUUAUGACAACCCUUUACACAGCUAAGAAGUAUGCAGUCCCAGCCCUGGAAGCUCACUGCGUGGAGUUCCUGAAGAAGAACCUCCGAGCAGACAACGCCUUCAUGCUGCUAACACAGGCGAGGCUGUUUGAUGAGCCUCAGCUGGCCAGCCUGUGCCUGGAGAACAUAGACAAGAACACAUCAGACGCCAUCAACGCAGAGGGCUUCACUGACAUCGACCUCGACACGCUGGUGGCAGUGCUGGAGCGGGACACGUUGGGCAUCCGCGAGGUCCGUCUGUUCGGAGCUGUGGUUCGCUGGUCGGAGGCUGAGUGUCAGAGGCAGCAGCUGCAGGUGGUGCCUGAGAACAAGAGGAAGGUGCUGGGCAAAGCACUGGCGCUCAUCCGCUUCCCUCUGAUGACCAUUGAGGAGUUUGCAGCAGGGCCGGCGCAGUCGGGGAUCCUGACGGACCGUGAGGUGGUCAGCCUGUUCCUGCACUUCACCGUCAACCCCAAACCACGCGUGGAGUUCAUCGACCGGCCGCGCUGCUGCCUGCGGGGGAAGGAGUGUAGCAUCAGCCGAUUCCAGCAGGUGGAGAGCCGCUGGGGGUACAGUGGGACUAGUGACAGGAUAAGGUUCUCAGUGAACAAACGGAUCUUCGUGGUUGGCUUUGGGUUGUACGGCUCCAUACAUGGACCCACGGACUACCAGGUGAACAUACAGAUCAUCCACACGGACAGUAACACGGUGCUGGGGCAGAACGACACGGGCUUCAGCUGCGACGGCUCCUCCAACACGUUCCGGGUGAUGUUUAAGGAGCCCGUGGAGGUUCUUCCCAACGUCAACUACACAGCGUGCGCCACUCUGAAGGGCCCCGAUUCUCACUACGGCACCAAAGGGCUGCGCAAGGUGAUCCACGAGUCGCCCACCAGCGGCGCCAAGACCUGCUUCACCUUCUGCUACGCGGCCGGGAACAACAACGGCACCUCAGUGGAGGACGGACAGAUCCCAGAGAUCAUCUUCUACACAUAGUGCUGCCACGGGGCCUGGCGCCGCAAUGCGGCCAACCUUUGGUCGGAGCCCGAGAGAGCCCAGAAGCACUGAACCGCAGCGCCGCGGGGCUGUGGCCCAUUCCUCCCCUCUCCCAUCCAUUCAUCCUCCCGCGGCCGCACCAGCCGGGAGCUCAGAGGUGAGCGGUGCCGCUGUGGGGGCUCGGCGCUGUGGGUCCAGCAGUGGGGCGGAGCGGUACCGCAGAGCUCUGGUUCGGCGCUAUGGGGUGGACCAUGGUGGGAGCCAGCAGGGCCGUUCCAUGCGGUGAUGCUCAGCAGCUGGUGGCGGUGCCGCAGCGUUGGACACUAUGGGAGCCUCCGAGUGGGGCGGCUCUGGAUCGGAAUAACGGCAGGAGAUAAAAGGAGAACUGAAUGGGCCCUGCGCGUUACUGCACCCCUCCGCUGCCGUUUCUCUCCCGGUUGGCAGCCGUGGGUCCGGCUGUGGGGUGAGCAGCCCCACGAAUGGCACCUGCUGCUGGACUUCUCCCCUGGCCGAUAACUUUGAGCCGUCGCGUCGCCCCCGGCGCUGCACUGAAUGUAUCUCGCUGCUCUGUCCCGUCUUGGCGCUCUGCUUUGGUCGCGGCUCACGUUUGUACAUAGGAGAUGAAUAAAGACCCGCGGUUGUCUUUA